AUGGACCCACAAUGGACUCGAUCAAAAGGACAAGAAAUUAUUAUGCAAAGUGAGUUUUUUUUUCUUAUUUUCAAAUUUUUGUACAGCAGAUUCGUGUUUUUCAAACUCUUGCAGUAGUUAAAACACUAUAAAUUUUUUCCCACUCAAAAAAAUGAUAAUUAAAAAAAUAUCCGAACAAAAAAAUUGAUUUUUCACUCAGUUUUUUUGUCAUUUCAGUUAAACUUUUCAACGAAGUCAAAAAUAUUUUUUACUCGGGUCAAAAUGUUCGGAAUCAGGUGAAAUCAACUACCCUAGACUACUGGGCGUGGCGCCUUCUCAGAAAUAAAUGAUGAAAUCUUAAAAAAACCUCAAAGUUUCGGAAAAUAAAAACUUUUCGUCGUUUUUCGUCGAAUUAUUCAAAACUUUGAAAAAUUAUUAAGGGGCCUGGUUGAAGUCGUCAGAAAGGUCGGGCGUUUCAUACAAGUCGGUCAGUGAGUCAAAACUUCCGCAUAUACUCAUCCUCAUCUUCAGGAUCCGAACGCUUUCCGCUCGAGGUCUAAAUCGCCUUCCGUCAACCCGGUUCCGCAAUUUUCUAGUAGUUCGUUUGGUGAGAAAAUAAAACUUUUCGCAAUUUUAGCAAAAAAAGAUUGCGUUGGUUUUUGGGGAAAUUUGAAGCCACAAAAUAGAUUUGAAUACUUUGAAAGCCCUACCCGAAUCUUCUUGUGCGCACUGCCAAACAAGAAUUCCGAGUUUUAAACCAUCUAACGGUUUUUUAAUUUGAAAAAGAGAACUUUUUUUGUCUAUAAUUUUUUUAUUGUACUGUUUUUAAUGAAAACUUUGAAAAUGCCUUGGAAAACGGCGAAUUUCCAGAAAUGAGCGCCAAUUUCUUAUUUGUAGUUUUUUAUGCUUGUCAAGAAAGUUUCCCAGAAGGAUUCUUUAAAAAAAAUUUUUUUGUUAUGAAAUUUACGAAUCGACGGCAACAACGUCGCAGUCUUAAACACAAAAAGAGCUUUUGAGCGGGAUCGCACUUGAUGACGAAAAGUACUUUCAGGGCCCCGAUCAUUCGCAGCGAAUCACCCAGCCAGAAGAUGA